GAGAGAGAGAGAGAGAGACAGAGAGAGAGAGAGAGAGAGAAGGAGAUCUGUUUAAACAGCACUUCAAUAUUGGCUCGGAUAAGACUUUCAAGCUGCAUCCCAUACCCGUUGAGCCAUCCUUGAUUCUGGAUGUUGAGAAGGCGCCGGAGCUGUGGGCAUUGUGUUGGUGCUGUGUGGUGCCUGUGCACCCUGGCUGGGACGAGCCUGCGGCCCUGGACCCCCAAGCCGGGACGGGGCAAGGGCAGAGCGCCAUGGUAACACACAGCAGGCUCGACGGCGCCAUGAGCAGCAGCACCUUCCAAGGCGGAGUACGCCUGCCUGCCCACCGCUACAAGACCUUCAGCUCCAGGGCGCAGUAUCAAAUGGUGUUGGCGGCUGUGCGAAAGCUGCAGGAGAGCGGCUUCUACUGGGACGCUGUGAGUGGGAAGGAGGCCAGUGCCUUGCUGAGCACUGAGCCACCCGGCACUUUCUUGGUGCGUGACAGCUCUGACAACCACCACUUUUUCACCUUAAGCGUGAAGACGGCCACAGGCACAAAGAACCUGCGCAUCCAAUGCGAUGCCUGCUCCUUCUUUUUGCAAACAGACCCACGCAGCUUGCAAACUGUGCCACGUUUUGAUUGUGUGCUGAAACUUAUUCAUCAUUACAUGCCCUCUGCCAGAGAAGCGGGGGCCAUGUCUGUAGUGCCAUCUGGAGUGGACAGUGAAGGUGGCAGCAGUGGGGCAGAUGGGAGUACAUACUUCAUUUACUCUGGAGGAGAGAAAAUCCCACUGGAGCUGCUGCGUCCUCUGGCCUCCAGCAUGUCCACACUGCAGCAUCUCUGCCGCAAGACACUUAAUGGCCACAUAGAUGUGUCUAGUAAACGGGACCAGCUGCCUCAGUCGCUCCAAGAGUUUCUUCACGAGUAUGAUGCACCUAUAUAACAACCAUCACAUGGUUCUGGAGCACAGAGAACAGAUAACCACGUAUACAGAUCUGUAUGUUGGACAGUGGUGGAAUUGACCAGCAAAAGACCACAAGAGUAUGGGAAGCAGUACAGUGUUACAAAGCUCUGGAGUUCAAUAAGUAUAUGAGCUGUUUGCUCUGAGAAGCUCUCAGUAUCUAUCAGUAUUGCAGGCCAGCUGUGGCUUACUGUGCCUUCGCCCUCUAUAGCACGACCUUUGGCAAGGGGUUGCAAUGUGAUGGACAGCACAAAGCAUGCAAUAGGAUGAACAGCAGAGCAGCGAGGACCAAAAGCAGAUGAUCAGAGUCAUAGUGUUUUAUCUUCUUACCUUUGGAGUCUGUUCUUGGGUCUGUUUGGAAAAAAACACAAACCCUGUUGAAUAUUAACACAAUUGAUAGUUUAUCAGUACAAGGGUUGAAUGCGCUGCUAUGGCUGAUUUGCAGCCUUUACUAUAUGAAUAACAAGCUGUUUCGCACAGUUAUAUCUCCACUCGACCCACUGUUAAAAGAAGAGUUUUGGACGACUGUGUUUGAGGGAGUGCCUAGCGCCGACUGUUUUAAAUGACAUAUACAUUUCCACAGUGGGCUGCCAAGUGUAACUGCCUCAUAGGUUGAGAUGGAGAAGCAAACGGGGUGGGUUUUCAUUACUAGCACCAGUGUGUCAACACUGGCAUCUGUGUGGGGUUACAAGACAAGACUGAUGUUUGAAAAUGCAUCAAUACAAAUGAUUAAAGUAGACAAGAGAGGACUCAGAUAUUACUGUAGUCUCAGAAGGAAAGCUCAGUGGACUGUUGUUGCUUUAUUUUUGACAGGCAAAGUGUCUUAGUUUUGCUGGGAAAUUGUUUAUAGAACAUUCAACAUGCUUAUGAUGAUAUUACAAUACAACACAAACUUCUAAGAGUUGACAGUUCAUGUACUGUGAAAAAAAAAAAGCCAAGCACAGUAUGCAAAACCCUUAUUUACCAAUCCUGGAAUUUGACAUGGAGGAUUGUGUUCCUCUCAAACCAGAAUCGUUCUUUCUGUAUGUGUUAAGAAGUAAUCAGUCAUGCCUCAUAUCCCUCAUUCAGUAACAAUGACGUAGUGUUUCUUCGGCAGCACAUGCUGUCUACAAUUAAAUGAAUGUAUUGUAAGUCAAUGGAAGGGCUUAUGGUUCAACUUCUUUUUGCUUUCUCUCUCUUUUUUUUUUUUUGUCAUAUAGAGACGAUGUUUACAUGUGUCACCACAAGAGGACAACAUGUUUUUGUACUCUGUCUUUUAUAAAGAUUUGACAUCUUAAGGUCUAGUCUAAUGACCCACAGUGCAAGCUUGAAAAUCAGAAAACCUGAAAACAAUGGCAUUAAAAACAAAAAAUGCAGCAAGGAACUUUGCACAUAUUUAUAUUUAUAAAAUAUUUCGAUAAUUUAUAUUAAAGAAUACUAUUUUUACAAAAUG